AUGAGUGAUUUGACGGCAAACGAGAAGCUCUUGAUUUCUAAGAUAUGCGAAAACAAUUUGGAAGAAGUGAAGCAAUUGCUGAAUGAGAGCGAUGUCCGGAUCGACUGCUGCGAUGAUAAUGGGAUGACAGGUCUGCAGCACUCGGCCUAUAAAGGCAAUGACCGGAUCUGCGAGUAUCUCAUCGAAAGGGGCGCUGAUGUGAACCACAGCCAACAGAUCCAGGGCUACACCGCUCUCAUGUUCGCCGCACUGGGAGGUCACGAAUCGGUGGUGAGUCUGUUGCUGGAGUCGGACGCCAACAUCGAUGCCAUCAAUUCAGUCAACAGAAACGCCGCACAAAUGGCGGCUUUCGUUGGCCAACACUCGGCCGUCGCUAUCAUUAAUAACUUCAUCCGCAGACAAGACAUUGAGUACUACACGAGAAUCCACGGUCUGGAAACGGAACCCAUGAUCACCGGCCGAUUGGUGUCUCCAUUGCACGCAUUGGUCAGACAGACAAACAUUCAUCCGAUAAGAAUCGGAUUGUUUCUGAAGAACAAUUGGAUUCUUAUAGAAAACGGCAAUAAAAUGAUUAAAGUCUUGGAAUUGAUUUGCGAGAAACAGCUGAAAGACAAACAAAACGAAAUGAUUUCAAUGAAAAUACAUUAUUUGGCUUUUCUGUUGAGACAUUCACUCAAACAUCUACUCAAACAUCACGACAAAGAUAGCAAACAAACCAAAGAGGAAGGCAUUAAGAAACUGGAACUGCUGUUGAAGUCGUGGUUGAAGUCGCGAGAAAGCGACGGAUUUCCCGUAUUUCUGGAGCAGUUGUUGCGGCAAAGUAUUCGUGAGUAUCCGCACCACGAGAGCGCUCUCUUCCAACAGCUCAUCAGAACCCUAUCGACCGUUGAGAUCGGGUCAGAGCCCAGCGCUAUAUCCAUCCUCUCGCAGGCCAUCAACGGUCAGAAAGGGUUUAAUGAUGAGAGUCUUGUUUGUGGCACUUGUGGUGACAAUAAGCCCACUAAAAGGUGUUCCCAAUGCAAGCAAAUUACUUAUACAUUAUGA